UACUGCACUGAGAGAGAGCGCUCCACAAAGCCAACAGUCUCUUAACUACUAACCCCACAUGCUAACACACUCUUGCAGCUAUGGCCAUGGUGCUGUGGGUCUAUCUGCUCUGUCUGCAGGGAUGUCUGCUCACACAAGCUCUGGACUGCACAGGCAGAAGUGUGGACUGUGCCGACACACAGGUUACAGAGGUUAAGGUUAAAGAUGAGCCCUUAUCUUCUCUGGUGAGGUCUCGAAGACAAGCUCAACUCACUCCACAGCCUGGAUCUUAUUCAGUCAAAGGAUCUCCUAAUACACUCAUCCAAACUGACAGGUCAAGGCGACAUCUGAACGCCAGUAAAAAAAAGCCCCACAGAUCUCGCAUCGGCUCUUACUCACUUCUUUCCCAUAACCAUGCAACCAACCCACUACAGGUCGUAAGUGUUGACAGACACUCUGAGGGUGCAUCCCAUCCCAUCCCACCAUUAAAGCCUGUCAAGAAGAGAUCCAGAAGAAGUGCACCCAAGAGAAAGAAGAACUCAAGGAAUAGCACAUGCUCAUGAGAGGUUCUUUGAGGCAUGCACUUCCUGUUAACAUUCUAGCUCAUUUACAUCUGAGGCGAUGUACUUAAAGAGCACUGUGAGAUCACACAGAUUCUGUGCAGAUAAUGUGAUCACAAUUAAUGACCAGAGUUGGACAGUCCCACAUUUAAAUAUCUCAAAAGAAAUAAAUAUGAUUUCAAUAUAAACAUAUAUAAUAUAAUCAUAUAUUCAGCAUAGUAAGCUUUGAAACCCUGCUUAAUACUCAUUUAGAAGAAAGUUUAUAGUUUCAUCUUUUGCUAAUAUGAUUCUGAACAAUGUUGUACUAAGUUAUAUAAGUCUCUAACAGAUAUAUCUAAAAAUCUUUUGUAGAUUUCUGAUUAAAUAAACUUUAAUUUGAAUGGUCUGAACUACUUACCAUAUACAUAAAAAAGAUUUAAUAAAGACAAAGAAAAAAACAUGAAAUGGCAUUUAAUCAUUAAACAUUUCAUAAUAUUUAAUAUCUACAAAAGUCUGUUCACUGGAAACAAAUCUGUGGUAUACAGAUAUGUGGUGUAUUAAGAUGUUGGUCAA